AUGUUGGGGCUUCAACUUAAUGCUGCUAAGAGUGAAUUAUUCUCCUCGGGGGCUCUUGUGAAUUUGUUAGACAUUAUUCUUAAUGCUUCAGGUUUCAAGUUAAGAUGUCUACCAGUCAGGUAUCUCGGGGUCCCUCUUGUGACUCGUAAGCUCACUAAGAAGGAUUGUUUGUCCUUGCUGGAGAAGAUCAGGCUUAAGCUUGGGCAAUGGUCGAGCAGGAUGCUAAGCUAUGCUGGAAGACUACAGCUUAUCAUGUCUGUGUUGAUGGACAUUACUAAUUUUUUGUGCAGGUGUAAAGCUGAUGUGAGCUGGAGUUUGAAGAAAAUGUUCAAACUUAGAAGUGAUGUUGCUGGUGUCAUUACUUCAGUCUCGAGUGGUCAAAGGGUUAAUGCAACCUGGAUAUGGGGAGAGAUGUUUGAAAAGUGGCCUCGUGUCCCUUGGCAAAGGAUUAUUUGGUUCCCUAUGCACACUCCAAAGCAUGCUAUCAUUGCAUGGCUGGCUGUUUUGGAUCGUCUGCAUACUAAGGAUAGGCUUUUAAAAAUGAACAUUAUGGUUGACCCUGUCUGUGUGAUUUGUGGGAAUGCUUUGGAAUCUAGGAAUCAUUCUUUGAUUGUUCAUUUUCCUGUGAUAUUUGGGGAGGAUCUUGUGUUUGUGUAA